AUGGACAUGUCAGUGGUCUAUGCAGACUUAAACCUAGCCAGGACCCAAGAGCCGAAGCAUGAGUUGCCUCCAUCUCUUUCCCCAGACACCUGUAGGUGCCCACGCUGGCAUCGGUUGGCUCUGAAAUUCGGCUGUGCUGGCCUUAUCCUUCUUGUCCUGUGUGUGAUUGGACUCGGUGUCUUAGUGCUAUCAUUAUUACAAAAACCAUCAGUAGAAGAAAGCAGCGUGAAUGUUCAAAAGGACGGGAUGAAUACAACAGAUAGUCCAGCUAAGUUAAAGUGUCCCAAAGACUGGCUUUCACACCGAGAUAAGUGCUUUCAUGUUUCUCAAGUUUCCAAACGUUGGAAUGAAAGUCAAGCUGACUGUGAUGAAAAGGGAGCCACUUUGCUGCUCAUUCAAGACCAAGAAGAACUGAGAUCCCUACAGGACUUGUCAAAGGGAAAAGACAUUUCAUUUUGGAUUGGACUAAGUUACACAUCUACAGACAGGAACUGGAAGUGGAUAAACGGCUCGACUUUGAAUUCUGAUGUAUUAAAAAUCACUGGUGACUCUACAAAGGGCAGCUGUGCUGCCAUCUCAGGGGACAAAGUGAUUUCCGAUAGCUGUGAUUCAGAUAACUUUUGGAUCUGCCAAAAGGAACUGAAACGUGAAACCACAUGUAAUGACUCCUGA